AUGUCCCUGGUCUGCCCAGUGGCUGAAGCUGGGGGACUAGGCUACGGCGGCGCUGGUUACGGAGGCCGAGGAUACGGUGGCCUAGGAUACGGUGGUCUAGGAUACGGCGGUCUAGGAUACGGUGGCCUCGGCUACGGAGGUCUCGGCUACGGAGGUCUCGGCUACGGAGGUCUUGGUUAUGGCGGCCUUGGUGGCGGCCUAGGUGGUGGCUUGGGCGGUGUCGGCGGUGGUGUCGGCGGCGGUGUCGGCGGUGGUGUCGGCGGUGGUGUAAGCGGUGUAGGCGUCGGCAGCAGUGUUGCUCUUCUUAGCGGCGGGCCUGCCUUUGCCAAGGCCGUGGCCGGACCAGCGUUCGUGGUGAGGACGGUUCACCACGUCAACAAAGUCAGUGGUGGAGGAGCUCUUGUUGCCCACUCUGGCCUCGGAAGCGGAUACGGCGGCGGCUACGGAGGCUACGGAGGUGGUUAUGGUGGAUACGGCGGCGGCUAUGGAGGCUACGGAGGUGGUUAUGGUGGAUAUGGCGGCGGAUAUGGUGGCUACAAAAGUGGUUACAAAGGCUAAUUCUUGCGUUCGUUGAUUUAUUGUUGAGAACUUUGCUUACGAAUGCAAGAGAAAUCACCUGCAUAGACGUGUCCCCGCCACAACGACGAUGCACUAACAGUCGUUCAACUUAUUUAACACUGGUGGUUUGAACUCUAAGGUGUGAAAGCCUUGCAGCCUUCACAGCUC